GGUAGCAGCUGCUCAGUGCUGCGGACUGACAGACCACAUGCGACUGCAGUUCACUUGAUUACCGUCAUUGUUCUCUCCCACACCCACUUUUUUGUCUGUGUUUCGCCAACCUCAGCCCUGUCCACGUGUGAGACGGUCGACUUCCAGCUCCAGGGCAAGCUCUCCGUAGGGUUACCACCUUAUCUCAACAGAUCAUCCAAACCUCCUCUCGACGAGCCCACGAACACCCAACCUCCUCUACAAACCAAGUCGUAGGCAAAGAAGCCGCACAAUCGCCUUGGUCAGGCCAUUUCUCAGCAUAUCCAUCCACUGAAGCAUGUCUGCCGAUUCCAAGCCGCUCGUUGCGGUAUCCGGUGAUGGCAAGAAACUCGAGAAGAAGCCCGUCAAGUUCAGCAACUUGCUGCUCGGCGCAGGUCUGAAUAUGUUCGAGGUCACCACACUCGGCCAGCCGCUGGAAGUCAUGAAGACCACAAUGGCAGCAAACCGUAAAGACGGCAUGGCAGGCGCGAUUGCCAGAAUAUGGGGCCGAGGAGGCUUCUUUGGCUUCUACCAAGGUCUCAUUCCAUGGGCUUGGAUUGAAGCUUCCACGAAAGGCGCUGUCCUCCUCUUCGUUGCCUCCGAGGCUGAAUACUACGCCAAGAGCUUCGGCGCCAACAACUUCGUGGCAGGAAUCUCUGGAGGUAUGACUGGUGGCCUGGCGCAGGCGUACGCGACGAUGGGUUUCUGCACAUGUAUGAAGACCGUGGAAAUGACCAAGCACAAGGCCGCUGCUGUCGGCAAGAAGCCACCGGGCACAAUGGAGACCUUCAUGGCGAUUUACAGAGCUGAGGGUAUCAAGGGCAUCAACAAGGGUGUGAAUGCGGUCGCUGUUCGUCAGGUCACUAACUGGGGAUCACGUUUCGGUCUCAGCAGAGUCGCUGAGAACGGUAUUCGCAAGUUCACCGGCAAAGAAGACCCAAAGACGAAGCUCACCGCACCCGAACGAAUCCUUGCCUCUGCGCUCGGUGGAGGUCUCAGCGCAUGGAACCAGCCUAUCGAGGUCGUUCGUGUAGAAAUGCAGUCCAAGACUGAGGACCCGAACCGUCCCAAGAAGAUGACAGUCGCCAACACUUUCUCUUACAUCUACAAGCAGAACGGUAUUAGGGGUCUGUACCGUGGUGUCGCUCCUCGUAUUGGUCUCGGAGUAUGGCAGACCGUGUGCAUGGUUGCGCUCGGAGACAUGGCAAAGGAGCUCGUUGAGAAGGCCACUGGCGAGGCUGUCACAGCAAAACAUUAAAUUUGGUGCCAGGAAUGGGGAACAUUUGAUAGCAUCUUUGUGGUGAACAGAGAUAAAGGUUGCGAGUUCAAGAGCAGGGCUUGAUUUUCUUUGGUUGGAGCAAUGCAUGAGUGCUCCGGGACACGAGCAUUUGAAGAGCGACAUAUGAUAGAUCUGAACAGCGCUGUAUUCAGGAAGUGCUGGGCAAGUAGCCGUGAUAUACGUAUAUUUCUCGCG